CUCAUAGAUUUCUCGGAAAAAUCCUUGACGGUGUGUGUUUCAGCAAAUUCUCAAUUUCGCUGCGUACUUUCAGCUUCCAGAAAUUGAAACCGGCGUGAGGAAAACUUCUUUACCAGAACCGUCCUUUGGUUCGAUCUUCUUAUUUUACAAGAUUUCUUGUCCUCUCUCUCGCUUCAAAUCUAUGGUUUUUCGGGAGUAGAUCCAAAAGAACAGUUACGAAGAAGCUUGGUGCAACUAGACAGUUCACGCACCACGUUUUGUUUUCUUAGCUUCCUGUGAGGCGUCGUCGUCAUCAAGAAAGGACACAAAUGGAUUACCGACCUUCUGAUAGUAGUGGCACGGAUGAUGACCUACCUCCAUCACAUCAAAAUAGAUAUCAAAGAAGCGGAAGACCGGCUGGUAAUGGCAGGCCUUCUUCAGUUCUAAAUUCUGCGCCUUCAUCAAGGAUGCACAAUGACAUGGAAACUCAAAUUCAUCUCAUUGAGCAAGAAGGAUACAGCUCUAUACUCCGUGCUUUUAAAGCUCAGUCUGAUGCCAUUACCUGGGAGAAAGAAGGUUUGAUCACUGAACUCAGAAAAGAACUUGGGGUGUCUGAUGAGGAGCACAGAGAGCUGUUGUCUAGGGUUAAUGCUGAUGAAAUGAUCAGGCGAAUAAGGGAAUGGAGAAAAGGGAAUAGCCUUCAGUCCGGUGUUCCGCAGAUGGUUCAUGAUACUGCUCCGAGUCCAGCUGUUUCUGGAUCACGUAAGAAGCAAAAGACAUCACAACCAUUCUCCUCUUCAGCAAUGGGUCCGCCGUCUCCUGCUCUGCACCCAUCGUUGCAACCAUCUUCGUCUGCGCUAAGAAGGGGAGGUCCUCCACCAGGUCCAAAAACCAAGAAGCCAAAGACAUCUAUGCAGUUCCCAGCUACAAACAUUGCUGGAAGGCCCCAGUCUAGAGCAUUAGCACAUGAACCAGGUGAAACAGGAUCAGAUGACCCCUUGAUUGGAAAGAAGGUGUGGACAAAGUGGCCUGAAGACAACAAUUUCUAUGAAGCUAUUAUAACUAAAUACAACCCCGCUGAGGGACGGCAUGCUUUAGUGUAUGACAUGAACACUCCCAAUGAAACUUGGGAAUGGGUAAAUCUUAAAGAGAUAUCUCCGGGAGAUAUCAGAUGGGAAGGUGAGGAUGCUGGGGUUUCUCGUAAAGGAGGACAUCCUGGGCAAGGCCUUGGAAAUGCAAAGGCCAUGUCUCGUGGUGGUCCUACAAGCAACGCCGUUGGUAGAGCUAGGGGAAACAUGAAGACACAUCAACACAAAGCACCGAAUGGCAUCGGGAAGAAAGCUUUAGGAGAUAUUGAAAUACUCCACACUGAUACACUAUUAAAAGAGGUAGAAAAAGUUUUUGGAUCAGUUAACGCCAGUCCAGCAGAGGUGGAGAAGGCAAAGAGAGUGCUAAGAGAUCAUGAGCAAGCUCUUGUGGAUGCAAUUGCAAGGCUUGAAGAACUAUCAGACGGGGAAAGCGGUUAUAUUUGAUAGGAGCCCUUCUAAGCCUCCUCAGAUGAUGGAGUCAGGGCACUAGGUGUAGAUGGUGGUGGCACUGUGAAUGGAUGAGAGAGAUUCAGAAACUUGUAAUGGAUAAGGAAACUGUAUUUUGUUUAGGGGGGAUUUAUAAAUGACUUUUGUGUGAUCACAUAAUUGGACUUGAAAAUUAGGGUCUUGAGCAUUGUAAAAUCCAUAAGACUGAAUGUAAAUGUAGAAUGUUGCAGAGAUGGUAUGUGAAAACAACUCUUCCAUCAAGGAUAUGAGGCUUUGUAUCUGCAAUUGCCCAACAAAUAUGGUUAGUUUUAAGCUAGUCUAGUACUCAACAUUAUGGGCUGGGCUAAUUUCUUUAUAUAAGGGCCC